UUAAGCGAGUGCAUAUCAGAUUAAGAAUUGGAAUAGAGUAGUUGUCGUGAGAUAAGCAAAAAAAUGCAAAUGAUCAACUGAUAACAGACUGAUUUAUUAUAAAGGUCUCGCAAAUACUCAUGUGUGCAGUUUCGAUUAGGAAAUAAAAAAUAGACUUUGUUUUAUCAGAAGGACGUAAAUGGCCGAUCCGGCUGUAUAAUAUAGCAUUUGCUUCGAUUGAAAGAUAGAAAUGGCAUUAACAUUUGGCGGGAUCUCUUAUGUGGAUGUUGUUCAAGCAAGUAAACAUAUACAGAAUGGAAUUCUGCAUGGAAUAAAGGCAAAUUAUUGGCAGAGGCCAAUUACACAUUACGGAGUCAACUUCGCUGGUUGGAAGGAAACACUCUUAAAUUCAAAUACAGGAAAUAUUGAAAUCAGUCAACAAAACUGGAAGUCUUCUGCAAGAAUAGUAGACGCCGUUAUGCAUCUCUUCCUCAAAGGACUAAGAUACCAUGCUUCGGAGUAUAACGGACUUGUGAUUGAGCAAUAUAUCACACAGGGCAGCGCUAGAGAUGGGUUGAAGGUCAUAGCCGCGGACGAGUUUGAUACAAUGAUUUUCUUUAGAAUAUCAGAACUAUGGAAGUAUAUCGAUCCUAUUCGAGACAAAAAAGAUCCAAGUUUCUGUCGAAUGAAAGUAGUUGGCCUCACAGGUUCUCAAAUUCAGCAAAGGUUUCCGCGCUUAUGUAAAGAAAGAGUGUUUAUCAUAACCCACAGUGGUGAUAUAUACUUAAGUGCAAAGGCGAUGCAUGAACAGGUCUUCAAGUCAAUUAUUGACAAAACAAUUGCGAUAAUAAACAGUCUGGAAACUGCCUGGAUCAAUGAAUUCCAACUGACACGGAAAAUGAAUCCACCUGCAAUAAAUAUCAUAGUACGAAACCAUUCUGCUACCCGGAGCAUUGCCAUCGACUUUGUUCCAGCCGUAUGCAUAGAUAUGCAAUCAGUUAAGUUCCGCGGAUCCGUACGUAAGUUUCCUGUUUUUGCUGUAUGUAAAUGGCAAGGAAAACGUGAUUCGUAUUGCCACACGUGGAGUGUCAAGUCCAAUUCAUAUGAAAAUGCUUUGAUUAAUGCUGCUCGCAAGGAUGAGAGGGGACUUUUCGUGUUGAAUGCAUUGAGGUUGGUCAAGACAUUCUUUCAGAAUGCUAAAACGAUGAACCCCCCUCCUCAGAUUGGUCAUGUAUUGAAAACUUAUCAUCUGAAGCAAAUUAUGCUGUAUUUGCUAGGUUUUCUUUGCUACAAAUACACAAGUAUCCCAAUUGACGGCACGGAGGCUGCAUUGAUAUACUUUGUACGCGUCAUGGACAUGGUCCUCACGUACAAAUGCUUGCCUCAUCUGUUCUUUUCAGAUGUUGGUAUUUUGCAAAACAUGAUUCCUGGUUGUAAUCUGCAUCGCGGCCGUGAUAUCAACCUUUUGGUUAAUCUUUCCAGCGAAUCAGCAUGUCAAGCAGUACAAGAUUUAGAAUUGAAACUAAUGCCAGCUAUAGGAAUAAGUUGGGUGAAUAAAUGCAAUUCAGAACAAGAUAACUUUUGCAAGGAUUUCAUCACAAAUGUUCUGAAAAUUCCAGGUCCACACGUCAUGAAAUCGACCGUUUCUACGUCACAGAUUUGUCUGCAAGAAAAGCAACAAAAACAACUACAACAACAAGAACAACAAGAACAACAACAAAAACAGUAUCAACAACAGUUUCUAACACGUCGACAACCGAUACGUCACAGAAGGUCAUUCGUCAUACCAAAAUUACCUUUCGCAGAGCAAUGGCCACGAUCCCAGUUUGUAGACACACUAUCUUCGCAUUCUACACGUUUGAAUGAACUAAUAUUACUAGGAAGAAGUAUUAUUACCACAAGUUCCCAUAGGUAUCAUCCUUACUCGUGGUUUUAGAUUGCCAUGAUGACUGCUUUUGCGUCGUCAACUUACCUCUAGACAUACAAUGGAUUGUAUUUAGUUACGUUUUCCAGGACAAUGAGCUGUUCUUCAGUAACAGUAGAAUUUCAGUUAAUAACAUAAUAACAGUUAUAAGAUAUUGGUGUAUACAUUUCUACUUUAAAUUAAAUCUUCCUAUGGUUAGAAGAUAAUCAUUAGUAAUGGGUAAAUACUUGAAUAUACAAGACACCAAAUAGUGUCUAUUUGAAUAGCUUAUUGAUUUCAUCCCCAAAAUGCUGUUACAGUAGUAUAACAUUAUUUAAUCAUUCCUUUUUAAGAGUCAAAGUGUUUUUUUAUCAGUAGUCAAACAGUCAAGUCAGAACCCUGUUAAGAGCCACACAACGAUAUUUAAAAGAAAUAUUGUACCUGAGAAACAGGCUGAAAGGAAUUGAUUUAAAUUGGAAUGUGACAAAGAAGGUUCAAACGAAACUAUAUCGCUGCUCAUUGCAGUUCAUACAAAAAUCAAGAAUACUAUUAGGGUAAGUUUAAACGCGGUUAAAGGAUCACAAUUCUGCAAAGAUAUGUGUUCUGACCAUUUAACAAAGUUUGCAAAGAUUUUAGUUGUAUGUAUAGGUAAGCCUAGCAAAAUACGAGGGUAGAUACAGAACAACACGUGGACAGUUUAUUCAUCAUAAGGAAAACAUGGCGAUUUUUUCCUAUUUUUCUCGAGGAUGGCACACAAUGUAUUUUUACCGUAAUGUCUGUGACAUGGGUGCAGAUUCUGUUUUAAAACAUAUGGACAAUUAUGAGACUGAACAUUCAGUUAGUUUCUUUCAUAAAUAGAAAAGCAAAAAAUGUCAAAGAUCGCUGAGGUGGAGUUUGUUGUUGCAGGAAAAUGAUAUUGAAAAUAAACAUAUAAACGAAAGAGUUUGUUUAAUUCAAGAUGCACUAUCUGGCUUAUAUUGUUCCUGCUUAAUCGAUGUAUGAUAAUUAGUAUUUUAUGUAAACUAUAUAGCCAUUUGAUGUAUGUGUUAUUCUCACUUUAUUUGUGUUUUCAAGUUAUAUUACAUAUAGAGGUUAAAUGUUUUAAGGAUUUCAUGUUCAAAACUUGAUUAUUCGAUAAGCAAGUUUCAUUUGCAUAGUCACGUAUAUUCAUUCAAAUAAAUUAUAGUAUGCCUAUUUGUUUGCAUGUAUUUUAGAAUUUGUUUGGAUAUUUUUUAUAUUUGUUUAUUUUUUAUUUUUUCAUGAAAAGCAAUUUUAGAAUAAUCAAUUUUUCGUAGUGCGUUCUGGAAAGCUCGCAAUACGCAUGUUAAGACACACUACUCUGGUCAUUGGUCUUUGGUAAAAUAUCAGUCUCUUUUGAAAGAAGGAGAAUCUUUAUUAAACGUUUCACCAGUGCUAGAAAAAACCUAAAAUUUUGGAUUUGAUUGUAUUUUUAUGUGAGGAUUAUAUGCAACCUUUUGUUAAAAAUAUUGAGAAAUAACAAAUAAGGGUUAUAAAAUAUAUAAUGUUUUUUGACAA